AUGCAGAUAACCGGAGGAGCGGGGUUCGUGGGCUCCCACCUCACCGACAAGCUCAUGAUGGACGGCCACGAGGUGACUGUGGUGGACAACUUCUUCACGGGGAGGAAGAGGAAUGUGGAGCACUGGAUUGGCCAUGAGAACUUCGAGCUGAUUAACCACGACGUGGUGGAGCCGCUCUACAUCGAAGAAUUCUGUCCCCUCAGUGUUUUGAUGAAGCCGCUCUUCAUCCUUUGCUGUCUCUUUGAGAUGGCAUUGCUUUUGUCGGACGGCUUUGUGGAGAAGUUCUGGAUGAGGGGGUCCUGCGUCAUGACUCUCAGUCCAGCCCAGCUUCGGGAGCACUUGGUUUAUCAGGGAAGGAGAGUGUACGGAUCCGGGUCGCAGACGAGGGCGUUCCAGUACGUCAGCGAUCUGGUGAACGGCCUCGUGGCUCUCAUGAACAGCAACGUCAGCAGCCCGGUCAACCUGGGGAACCCGGAAGAACACACAAUCCUAGAAUUUGCUCAGUUAAUUAAAAACCUUGUUGGUAGUGGAAGUGAGAUUCAGUUUCUCUCCGAAGCCCAGGAUGACCCACAGAAAAGAAAACCAGACAUCAGAAAAGCGAAGAUGAUGCUGGCGUGGGAGCCUGUGGUCCCGCUGGAAGAAGGUUUGAACAAAGCCAUCCACUAUUUCCGUAAAGAACUCGAGUACCAGGCAAAUAAUCAAUACAUCCCCAAACCAAAGCCUGCAAGAAUAAAAAAAGGACGGACACGCCAUAACUGAAAACCUCACUUCUCGGGACGGGAGACUCCCUGUUUCACACUUGAUGGGAUGUAUUUUUUUUUUCUUUUUUCUUUUUUUUUUUUAAAGAAAGACUUAAAACAGGUGUCAUGAAGAACAAACUGGAAUUUCAUUCUGAAGCUUGCUUUGAAGAAAUGGAUGUGCCUAAAAACUCCCCUCAGAAAACUGCAAAUUUUGCCUUGCACUUUUUAAAAUCUGUCUUUUUAUGUAAAAUAGCGUAGAUGCAUCUUUGCGUAUUUUCACGUUUUUUAUCUUGCUAUGAGAGCAUAUGUCGUGACUGUCAUUGACAGUUUUAUUUACUGGUUUCUUUGUGAAGCUGAAAAGGAACAUUAAAUGGGGUGAAAAAUGCCAAUUUUAUUUAUAAAAGUGGGUACUUAUAAAUGAGACAUUAUACUAUGCAUAAAGGACAAAAAAAAAAAGCAAAUUUAGCAGUAUUGUCAGGUGGGUGACACACCGGCUUUUAUUCUUCAGGCAGAUAAAAGAAUUCUGUUGGAGAGCUUUAUGUUUCUUUUAAUUCAGAAUUCUUCCAAGGUCUAGUUUUUAGUUGCAAACUUGACUUUGAAAUACUUCUGUUGGUUAUCAUGAUCAAGGAUAUUUGAAAUCACUACUGUGUUGUGCUGCGUAUUUGGGGUGGGGGUGGGAGGGGACAAAGUUAA